AUGACCCCAGCACCGCGAACGCGUCCAACCAACUGGAAGACCCUUGCGCCUGCACCGCUCCCUGGGCCCGCGUUCGCGGCGCAGAAGUCGCUGCCGCAACUGCCGGUGCCCGCACUCGGUGACACUGUCCAGCGACUCAAGGAGUCGCUCCGACCACUUGCCUGGAACGAGAAGGAGUACAACGAGUCCAUUGCAAAGGUCGAUCACUUCGCGAAUAAUCAAGGCGAGGAGCUACAGAGGCGGCUGUUGGAGAGGCAGGCGCAGACACAGCACUGGCUUGAAGACUGGUGGGAUGAUGGGGCAUACUUUACUUACCGCGACUCGGUGGUAGUGAAUGUAUCAUACUACUACGGAUUCGUAGAACACCCUGUGCACCUUCCCCAAACGCCAGUUCAUCGCGCCGCUUCGCUUAUACGCGCUGCUAUGCUAUACCGGCAGCAGCUCAAGCUAGGACAGGCGGAACCAGAGAAGACCAAGGAAGGUCCCAUAUGUAUGGAUACUUACAGAUGGAUGUUCGAUUGUUGUCGUGUCCCAGGGCAGCCCGCGGACUGGAGUGUCAGUUACGCAGUCGAGGGUGACCACGGAAUCGGGGGACACGUUGUAGUCCUCCGUCGUGGCCGUGUAUGGAAACUUCAUCCUUGGGCGGGCGACCGGCUCCUUAGCGUUAGCGAGAUACAGCGGCAGAUCGAACACAUUUAUACGACAACUCAAGACGAACACCCUGCCGUUGGCCUGCUGACUGCCUCAAAUCGUGAUACCUGGUCUAAGGACUACGACAUACUCUCUUCCAAUCUAGAGAACACUUCCGUUCUUCGGGACAUCCAUUCCGCUGCGUUUGUUUUGUGCCUUGACACCGAAUCAGCACCAAACUUUAUUGCGCACAGCCGGCUUCUAUGGCACGGUGCUGUACCGGAUCUAUCGCCGUCCGUGACCCCUUCCCCAUCUCAAUUAGGGCUCCGCAACAGGUGGAUGGACAAGCCCCUGCAAUUCGUCGUGAGUGACGAUGGCAAGGCGGGCUUCGUCGGUGAACAUUCCAUCAUGGACGGCACGCCGACCAUGAACAUGUGCAACCAUGUGCUCGACAUGAUCGCUUCUCCGGGCUUCGACACGCCACCGUCCGCGAACGCCGAGCAAGCGCCACAGCCCCUGGACUGGGUCGUGUCGCCUGAAAUCAACGCUGCGAUCGCGGAGGCCGCCAAAGCUGCGUAUACCCUCGCGACGAGCCAGGAGAUGGGCGCCGUGCGUACCUCGUACGGCAAGCGCGCGAUCAAGGCGUUCGGCGUGUCUCCCGACUCGUGGGCGCAGCUGGUCGUGCAGCUCGCGUACGAGCGACUGCUGCGCGCACGGGGGGAGCGCCGCAGUGGAGGGACAUACGAGUCGGCGUCGACGCGGCGCUUCUUCAAGGGGCGCACGGAGGUCAUCCGGGUGGUGAGCACCGAGGCGCUCGACUGGGUGCGCUCCAUGGACGAUCCGAAGGCCAGUCUCGCGGAGAAGGGGGCACUGUUUGCGAAUGCGGCGAGGGUGCAUGUGCAGCGCGCCAAGACAGCAGGACAAGGACAGGGUGCCGACAGGCAUCUGCUGGGUCUUAGGAAAUCACUACGCGAGGGCGAACCGCUUCCUGAGAUGUUCACCGAUCCCCUGAUUACCCGCUCAAGCUACUGGGUACUCAGCACCUCUGCCAUUAAUUCGCCUCACUUCGGGCCGUAUGGAUGGGGCGAGGUCGUCCAUGAUGGUUUCGGAGUUCCUUACGUGACUGGCUUUGACGAUUUCUUGCAAUACACCGUCACUUCGCGGAAGGAGAUGCCAAAUGCCCAGUUCUGCACCGAGAUCGAACGUGCAGCCAAAGAUCUCUUCGAUCUUCACACUGCGAUCACGGUUCAGAAGCAACACGACGCAAAACCGCCGAAGGCUAGACUCUAA